AAGAGAAGGGAAAAACAGGAGGUUUCAUGCAAUGAAGCCCAAAUGGGGUAUUCCAAGAUUUAUGCCGCUCAAAACUUUCAUCAAUCCGUCAAAUGGCUACCUUGUUGAUGACACUUGUGUGUUCGGAGUGGAGGUUUAUGUUAUCAAAAGUUUAGGUCUGGGUGAAUGCUUGACACUAGAAGCGUGUCCGCAGCCUGUUAGUCACAAAUGGAAGAUAUCAAACUUCUCUACUUUGGGGAAUGAUCGCUACUCUGACGUUUUCACUGCAGGGAAUCACAACUGGAGGUUACAACUCUGUCCAAGGGGUGACCAGCAUAACAUUUACAAAAACAUUUCCGUAUUUCUUUGUUUAGUAGAUUCAGGUGAUCAGAAAGUCAAAGCCACUUAUACCAUUCGGUUAAAAGGGAGAGCUGGCAGGACGCAUCAGAUGACAGGAGGUUAUUGGUUCAGUGGUCCAAAUAAAAAGUGGGGUAUGCCCUCCUUCUUGCCACUGACUACCGUUCAGGAAUACUUAGCUGGUGAUGAGUUUGUCCUGGAGGCUGAAGUGCAAGUUCUUGGCACAGUGAGGAAACUACCAUGA